AGUGGUUUUGGUGGAUCCCUCGAGAUGUUGCCAAGAACUAAAGCAAUUUCUCUAUUUGCUCCACUUUCUUCAGAGAUACGUUUAUAUAGUAGUUGUUUUAAAUCAAAGUCCAAACGCAGUCGUACUUGUAUUCAAGAUACUUGUAAGAAUAUCUGUGUAAAGUGUUAUAGCGUUAGAGCUCAGAUGACAAACUCUAAUGUUGACGGAGAAGAAAUCUGGCCAGGUCUGAAUCGACGUCCUCAACAGUCUUUGGAAAGUUACAUCGCAGGUACUCUUUUUCCUUUGUCGUUGGAAGAAGCCGUACAACAGGCUUCUUCUGCAGUAGUGAAGGCAGCGGAAGACAAUUAUAAACGUCUGAGAGUUGAGCUACAAUAUCCAACGCUCAGUACUGUGGGUAGUUUGCUUGAAUAUGGAGAACUGGCUUAUUUUUGUAAUAUGGUAUGUGAAACGUUUCUUGGACAGUCGAAGCGAGUUCACUUGUUUGGAGAUACACACCAUAUUUUGAACUUGGUGCCGUUUCUUGAUACACGACUGUUUAAUUCCAUUAGUGUCUCCUGUAUAGAUGAUGUACAGUCGGGUGGUCGUCAUAUAAUGGAAGAUAUAUGUCUUAUUUUGUUACCCAGCAACGUUGGAUAUGAUAUGGGUAGAAGAAUGGAGAGGAUCGAAAGACUUAUAUAUAGCGUUUCUCAUAAUAAGCAUAUUGUCUUGUUCAAUGCUUGUAUGGAAGCAUGUACAAGCCUUACAUGCAGUGGACGUCCUUUCGAGCCAAUGAUUCUUAAUGAUUUUCAUAUCGCGUACUUUAUCCAUCCCAAUAUUUUAAGACAAGGAUGCAUUCAGUCUUCUUUGCUUCGUUGUUAUCCGAGAAAUUGGGAAUUAUUUGUAUUAAGACUUCCAAGAGAUAUCAGUAGCAAAUAUUUUUUGGCAAAAUCUUUCCCUUCGAAACCUUCCAUGGAAAGAAUCGAAACAGAAGUCUCUUGUUGUUUUCAUUCACUUUAGUUAUGCUUCCAAUACUUGUGUAGUUGAUGUUAAACAAUUUGUCGAAACUAUGUAAACUCGAAACAUAUCGAAAUACUUCUGUCAAGUUCAAUCUGCUAUAAAUACAUCGAAAGAAUU